CAAUUUUUCCUGAAUACGCAACGAGAUUAAAUUUGUUCUCGGAGGCGACCUAAAAAGAUUCGAGUAAAUGGAGUAUAAAAGGCGAUGAGAACCGCGUAUUGUCAGACAGUGAUCUGAUCAUCAUCAAGAGGUAUCGACAAAAAUCCUAACAUCAAGAUGAAAUUCUUGUAUCUCCUGGUCGUUGUUAUGAUGAUGGUGGCAAUGGGUGCCAACACAGCACAGGCUGAUUGUAAAUCCGGAAAAUAUAAAGGUCCAUGCGCUGUCUGGGACAACGAGAGGUGUCGUCGCAUCUGUAAAGAGGAGGGUCGAGUCUCUGGCCACUGCAGCCCGAGUUUGAAGUGUUGGUGCGAGGGUUGUUAAUAACUACUCCAAACGUGCGUUGUAUGCAACAACACCCUCGCAUACACUCUGGCCUAUCUGAACAACAAAGUUUAUUCAUUUGGCUUUAGUUUCCCGAGUUGAUGUAAUUAUCGUGGAAACCAAUAACUCUAGAAGAAUAAGAAAAUCUCCAAUUUUUUAUAAAUUGACUAAAACCAUUUCCUCGAAUUAAAAAAUGUAAUUAUACAUGA